AUGACCGAAGUUGAGCAACAAAGAAGAAGUGAACUAACCCCAUGGGUUGAAAAAUAUAGACCAAAUGUGCUAAAUGAUAUAAUAUCGCAUGAACAAGUAAUAUCAACUAUUAAAAGAUUCGUUCAGAAAGGUGAGUUACCACAUUUACUUUUACAUGGUCCCCCAGGUACAGGGAAAACAUCUACGAUAUUGGCUGUGUGUAAAGAAUUAUAUGGAGAUAAGAGAAGUUCAUUUGUUUUAGAAUUGAAUGCUUCUGAUGAUAGAGGUAUAAACGUUAUUCGUGAUCAAAUAAAAACAUUUGCUGAAUCAAAAAAUCAUUAUACAACAUGUGAAAAAACAACUUUAAAAUUAAUUAUUCUAGAUGAAGCAGAUCAUAUGACAUAUCCUGCUCAAAACGCUAUGAGAAGGAUUAUGGAGAACUAUGCUAAAAAUGUGCGUUUUUGUUUGUUAUGUAAUUAUGUAAAUAAAAUAACUCCCGCUAUACAAUCUAGAUGUACGGCUUUUCGUUUUGCCCCUUUAAAAAAAGAAUAUAUGAAAAAUAAAGCACUAGAUAUAGCAAAAUCUGAGAAUGUAAAUUUAACUGAAGGAGGAAUAGAUAGUCUUAUACGUGUAGGACAUGGAGAUAUGAGAAGAAUUUUAAAUUGUUUACAAGUAGUAUCAUUAAGUCAUAAAAAUCUUGUCAUUGAUGAAAAUGUUAUUUUAUCAACAUUAGAUAUCCCAUUACCUAGUGAAACCAAGAAAAUAUUGGAAUAUUUUACAAAAGGUUCUAUAAAAGAAUCAUACGAAUUUGUUAGUAAUUUACAAUAUGAUAAAGGAUAUUCAACAAAAGAUAUUAUGAUGUGUUUAUAUGAAUCAGUUUUAACAUAUGAUUUCCCUGAUUCGGCUUUUUGUCUUUUACUUAAAAAUUUUGGAGAAAUAGAAGAAAGAUGUUCUUCUGGAGCUAGCGAACAAAUUACUUUAUCUGCUUUAAUUAGUGCAUUCGUAGAAUUUCGAACAGAACUUUUCAAAUUAAAAUAUGAUAUGAGCAACAUUUAA